AUGGCGGCUACUUCUACCUUGCUCCAAUUAAGUAGGGUCCAAUGGAAUCCGACUUUCUUAUACACACAAGGGCGUCAUCAUCCUAGUGCUCUUUUCCUCUCCAAACCUCAACUCAAAUCAAAUUUCAUUCAUCUCCAAAUCGCCUGCAAACACAAACAAUCGACAUUUUGCGUUACAGACGCGAGAUCAGACUCGAAUCGUGCUCAGAGAUGGAAGACUUCCUUUGACCAAAUCGCGACUCAGAUCAAGGAAACGCUAGAUUCCCUAAGAAAACCGGCCAUAACAGCGGUUUUGCUCGGUCUGCUUUUGUUUUACGAUGCCAGUUGUGCCUUUGCUAAGUCCGGUGGUAGGAUUGGUGGUAGUGCCUUCUCGUCUCGAACCUCUUCACCUUCCUCUUCUAGUACGUAUUCUGAGACGACAAUAACAUCUGACGACGAAGAGGAAGACUAUUCAUACUCGGCUCCGUCAAGUUAUUCAUACUCGGCUCCGUCAAGUUCUUCUUCCUCUUCUAGUACUACGUAUUCUGAGCCGCCACAAAAAUCUGAGCCUCCUUCACAGUCUGAGAGCUAUUCAUACUCAUACACGGCUCCGUCGCGGUCUUAUUCUGAGCUGCAGCAAACAACGGAACCGAUCUCUAAUCAGUUUGUUUCUGGUCUCUUCUCUCUGGCACUGGUGGUUUAUGUAUUCCGCUCACUCUCAAUGCGUUCAAAAGAUGACAUUUCAACCGGAACUGAGAAAACUAGCGUCCUUAAACUACAAGUAGGGUUGCUUGGCUCGGGGAGGACAUUACAAGAAGAUUUCAAUCGCCUUGCUGAAAAUGCAGAUACAUCCACUUUAGAGGGUCUUAGCUAUGUUUUAACCGAGGCAACACUGGCUUUGUUGAGGCAUCCGGACUAUUGCAUAUCUUGUUAUUCAUCAGUGGAUGUGAAGUGUAAAGAAGAAGAGGGAGAGAAUCUAUUUAAUCAACUCUCCAUUGAAGAACGGGGAAAGUUCGACGAGGAGACACUUGUUAAUGUGGAUAGCAUAAAGAGACAAAGCUCGAAAAUUCGGACAGCUAGAGGUUUCGCCAACGAAUAUAUUGUGGUAACAAUCUUGGUGGCUGCAAAGGGUAUACAGAAACUACAGCCAAUAAACGGAAUUGAGGAUCUGAAGGAAGCUUUACAGAAGCUUGGGUCGAUACCAAGAAAUCGAAUAAUGGCAGUUGAAGUAUUGUGGACACCACAGGACGAGAAUGAGGUUUUAUCAGAAAGAGAAUUACUUGAAGAUUACCCACUCUUGACGCCUUUCUAA